UUUCGUCUUCAGUUGUGUUUCGCGUUCCGUUCGCCGUGCGUCCGCAUACGGUACGACAUUGAACUAGUGGAUUGUUAUUAUUAUUAAAGGAAAAUAUGCUUCGUUAUUUCAUUCGUUCGACAAAACUUUCAACCGGAAAAGAAGUGUUGUUACUAUCCACUCCAAAACGAUGGAGAAGUGCCCAGUUAGAACCAUCAACUUUACCGGAAAGUGCCCGUGAAAUCGGCUGGACCGAUGCGUUGCCUUAUCAGAACAUACCCGGCCCGGGGGUUUGGCAGAUGUUUCGCGGUUUUGCGCCUGGAGGCCGUUACUACAAUGCAACACUGCCGGAAAUGCACAGGCGCUUGCGAGCAGACUACGGUGAUCUGAUAAAACUUCCAGCGGCCUUCGGUCGACCGGACAUUCUGAUGAGCUACUCGGCUGACGAUUAUCAGACGUUGUUCCGAACCGAGGGUCACUGGCCCGUCCGCCAGGCGUUGGAUUCGUUCGUGUACUAUCGGAAGGUGAUGAGACCGCAUGUCUUCAAGAUGGGAGGUCUGGUGUCUGAACAAGGAGAAGAUUGGCAACAACUUCGAAGCGUGGUUAAUCCCGUUCUGAUGCAACCAAAAACUGUUAAGCAGUACAUCGAGAAAGUAAAUGCAGUGACCAUGGAUUUAGUGAAAAUAAUGCAAGGAAUACGAGACGCCAAAAACGAGCUGCCUGCCGAUUUCAACAUGUGGCUCAACCGCUGGGCCCUGGAAACUAUUGGGGUCAUCGCUUUGGAUACGCGAUUUGGAGUCCUCAACGAAAGUCGGUCACCCGAAACGGAGAAAAUGGUCGAUCUUUUAAGGGAACUGUUUGUGCUCAUAUACAAACUCGAUAUAGAACCGUCACUGUGGAAACUUUACAAAACACCCAACUUCAAACGAAUGGUUAAGAUUAUGGAUGAGUUAACAGACAUUGUCAUGAAGAAGGUCGACCAAGCAAUUCAACGAUUAGGACAAAAUCCAACAACCGAAAACUUGAGUGUUCUUGAGAAGUUGCUGAAAGUGAACCGAGAUGUGGCCGUUGUGAUGGCCGUCGAUAUGUUGAUGGCUGGAGUUGAUACGACAUCAUCAGCCACCGUUGGAAUUCUACACAGCCUGGCCACGAAUCCCGAAAAACAGCAGAAGCUCCGCGAAGAGCUUCGCACAAUUCUACCUCGAAAAGAUUCACCCUUGACGGUGGACAACAUGCGUAACCUACCGUAUCUGAGGGCUUGCAUCAAAGAGGGAAUGCGCAUAGCACCGCCAACAGUGGGCAAUGCUCGAAACGCCGGCCAGGACAUCGUCCUCCAGGGCUAUCAAGUUCCAAAAGGGACUAACGUAGUGAUGGCUGCCAUGACCUUGAACAUCGACGAUCGGCACCACCCGAGGGCUAAGGAAUACCUGCCGGAACGGUGGCUCAAGGAGGAAGGAUACCCUAGCGUGAAGGAUGCCCAUCCGUUUGUGUUCCUGCCAUUUGGCUUUGGGCCGAGAACCUGCAUCGGUCGCCGAUUGGCCCAGAUGGAGAUGGAAAUUGUGGUGGCCCGAAUUACCCGGCAGUUUGAGUACCGUUGGAACUAUGGACCGCUUAGGAUUAAGGGUGCCAUCGUUAACGUGCCGGAAAAUGAGUUAAAGUUUGAAAUGGUUGAAGUGAAAGAAUAAACUAAACUAAACUAA